AUGUCGGGACAGCAGCCACCAAAUUUUAACCCGGGAGCCUUCGAAUUCAGGCCCGGACAGCAGCAAUCCUUCGUCCCCAGGCAACAGCAGCAGUACCAGCAGUAUCCUCAACAGGGCUACCCCCAGUAUGGCCAGCAGCAGCAGCAGCCUUACGGGGCUUACCCUCAGUACGGCGGCUACCCCCAGCAAGGCGGAUAUCCUCAGCAGGCUCAGGGUGGCUACCCUGCCCCCUCUGCUCCUGCUCCCAGAGCAUACCAGCCUCCCAACAGAACCGUCCAAGGGUUCCAGCCUCCCACCAUCCCCAGCUCUUCCACCCAAAACGGCCCUCCCAAAGCUGCUCCUAGUUUGAGCAUUGGUGGUGGUGCCCCCAAGGCGGCUCCCAGUCUGUCCAUCGGUGGCGGUGCCCCCAAGGCGGCUCCUAGUCUGUCUAUCGGCGGAGCUGCUCCCAAGGCCGCGCCCAGUCUGAGCAUCGGCGGUGGUGCCCCCAAGAACGCCCCCAGCGUGUCUAUUGGUGGUGCCAAGGCUGCCCCUAGCUUGUCGAUCGGUGGUGCGAAGAAGGAGGAGAUCAAGGAGGAGACACCUGAUUCCGCUCUCACCGCUGCCCAAUCCUCCCCUAAACCUGCCGUUUCCGACAAGGCUGAGGCUGCUCCUGCUGCUGAAAAACCUGUUCAAACCGCCACUCCCCCUGUCGCCACCGACGCCCAAACCAAAGUCGUUGCUGAGGCUCCCGCUCCUGCCAAAUCUGGUGCUUCCACCCCCACUCCUGCCGCCGCUGCUGCUUCCUCGGCCACCAACUACAGCAAGGUUUCCGCCAAAAACGACGCCGAGGCGAUCAUCAAGGAGCAGAAUGCUGCCGGUGCCGAUGCCAUGCGUGAUCUUUACGGUGAUGACCAGAAGGACCCCAACAUCAAGUCCCAUCUCAACAUCAUCUUCACUGGUCACGUUGAUGCGGGCAAGUCCACCAUGGGCGGUCAGCUCUUGUACUUGACUGGCGCCGUCGACAAACGAACAAUGGAAAAGCUUGAGCAGGAGGCGAAGGCUGCCGGUAGGGAGACCUGGUACCUCUCUUGGGCGUUGGACAAUGGCAAGGAGGAGCGAGCGAAGGGAAAAACCGUCGAGGUCGGUAGGGCGUACUUUGAGAGUGACAAGAGAAGAUACACUAUCUUGGACGCACCCGGGCACAAGACCUAUGUGCCUCAUAUGAUUUCCGGUGCCGCCCAAGCCGAUGUUGCUUUGCUCGUACUGUCUGCCCGAAAGGGCGAAUUUGAGACUGGUUUCGAGCGUGACGGUCAGACCAGAGAGCACGCCAUGCUUAUCAAGAACAACGGUAUCAACAAGCUUAUCGUUGUCGUCAACAAGAUGGACGACUCUACCGUCCAGUGGGACCAGGGCCGAUACGACGAGGUGACUUCCAAGAUCACUCCCUUCUUGAAGGCUGUCGGUUUCAACCCCAAGACCGAUAUCACCUUUAUCCCCGUGUCCGCUCAGGUCGGACAGAACAUGAAGGACAGAGUCGACCCCAAGCUUGCGCCUUGGUACGAGGGCCCUGCUCUUUUGGAGCACCUCGACAACAUGACUAUCAUGGACCGAGACAUCGACGCUCCCUUCAUGCUUCCCAUUUCUGAAAAGUACAACGAGCUUGGUACGAUGGUGAUGGGCAAGAUCGAGUCUGGUCGUGUCAAGAAGGGUGACACUUUGCUCAUGAUGCCCAACAAGCACACCGUCGAAGUCGCUGGUAUCUUCUCCGAGCAGGCCGACGAGAUGGACAUGGCGUUCUGUGGUGACAACAUCCGAAUCCGUAUCUCUGGUGUUGCCGACAAGGACAUCACCCCCGGUUUCGUGCUCACCUCCGUGCAAAAGCCUAUCAAGACCGCUACCGCUUUCAGGGCUGAUAUCUCGGUCAUUGACACCAAGAACAUUAUCUGUCCCGGUUACAGCUGUGUUCUGCACGUUCACACCCUCGCUGAGGAAGUCACUGUCACUCAAUUCCUCCACUACUACGAGAAGAAGACCCGAAGAAAGUCCAAGAAGCCUCCUCAGUUCGCCAAGUCCGGCAUGCUCAUCUCGGCCAUCAUUGAGACCACUGCUCCCGUCUGUAUCGAAAAGUUUGAAGACUACAAGAUGCUUGGUCGAUUCACUUUGCGAGAUGAGGGUAAAACCGUUGCUAUCGGCAAGGUGACCAAGCUCAUGAAGAGCGAGGAUGUUCCUGAUAUCGCUGGUUUGGCCAUCAAGGCGUAA